AUGGAUUUGAGUCAUCCUCAAAUCUCCACCCCCACCGACACAACAGCUAUCAACACUCUUCUUCCUUCUUUACGCAGCUUCUUCUGUUGUGAUUUGUUCUGGAGUACAAUUCACAAUAUUUCUUUCUUUUUUUUUUUUUCCAAUGGCACAAGUCCUGUUCACAAAGCUUGCCAUGACGGAAACCACAUUGCCUUAGAACAUUUGAUAAAGCAUGGAGGGGACAUAUAUGCACAGGACACCCAGUUGCGAGCGCCUAUUCACUGGGCAGUUACCACCCCAGGAUUGGAAUGUUUACAAAGUCUUCUAAGGAACAAAGCUGAUGUCAGUGCUUUCGGGGACAAAGAUGGACUGACUCCUUGUAUGUGGGCCUGCAGAGUUGACCACAAAAAACAUUUCGAAUUGUUGUACAAAUCAAGCAAACUGUUGUUCAACAGCAAAGAGUAUGAAACAGAUGAUAAUGGUCGAACCUGGCAGCAUUGGGCAGUACGCAGAACAGAUCCUCUUGAAUGUUUGCAGUUUUUGCUCUCAAAGGAUACUGCAGCCAUAAAAGAUGAAGAAGGAAAGACUGUUAUUCUUGUGGCAGCAGAAUUAGGUUCUUUCCCAGCAUGCAAAUUGAUUUUGGAACAGGCUGGACCCCAUGUUGUCUAUGAUCGUGAUAAUAUGGACAGGACAGCUUUACAUCUGGCCACAAUUCGAGGCCACGGAACUGUACUAAAUUUUCUUUUGGAGAAUGGAGCUGAUUUAGAGUUAAGAGACCGUUUCCAAGCCACAGCCUGGGAUUAUGCAAAAAACAAACAGCUACACUAUUGUCAAUUAAUCAUGAUGUCUCACAAACGUCAGUCUCUUCAAUCCAGCCCCAGGGAUACCGGCUUAAAUGGAGAUGUCAUAGGAAUUAAAGUAAAUCCACAGCCUCUCCAAGUAUAUGGUACUGGAAAUCCUGUCUACAGUAAAAUGUACUUCAAAGAAAAUGAGGUAAAACCAGUCAAAGAUCUGAUAUCGUCUCCUUGCCCUCCAAAACGGCCAAGGACAGGAACAUGCUUGGCAAGGGCCAGUUUUCAACAUAGAAGUUUGAGUGAAUCAUUUGAACAACAUCUAAGCAAUACCCAAUCUGUUGACUAUGCUGAAAUGGACCCUAUUGAGAUGUCCAGAAGUGAAGGCACUGAAAGCCGAUUGGAUGUUUAUGAGAGAAGCAACACUUUAGAUAAUCACCAUAUGUCACAUGACAAGGAGCUGGAGAAUUGUGCAGACCACCCUAUGCACCCAGAUAGUAACGAGGAGAUUGAAGUGGUCAGUGGUGAAAUGGAUGUGUCUAACAUUGAUGAAGAUGACCAACCACCCUCUCCAAUUGAAGGGAAUUUCAACCCAAAUCCAGGAUUUCCUUACCCACCUCAAAAUUCAUGUCCACAAACUAUACCAUCUGCCCCACCUUUGCAUGGGGUAAAUCCACAUACUGAGUUACUCGAUCAAGAAGGACCAGAAAUUACUAAUUCUGUAAUAGGAGUAGGUUUUCCUUGUCCCAGACCACCUCCACCUGCAAUUGCAAGCUCCCAUAAGGGAAGCCACCCAUCUGGAAUCUUGCUCAAUCGAAGACCCCUUCUUUCAAGAAACCAACCCAAGACUCAACCACUCCCAAAGCAACCAUUAAAGCCAAGAAAUAACUCUGGGCAAGGAACAAAGGUCAUGACAGAAUCUCAGGAUGGUACAGCAUCUCAACAGCAUUUGUCUCCUUCAUCAUCAACUUCUUCAUUAAGUUUGGCUUAUAAUAAAUCUGGGAAUGCCAAUAUGUUUCAUAUGCCAUCCCAACCCACAGGGCCAAGUCUUGGUGCAAAGAAAAGUGAUAUGCGAAGAUUACCAAGUGCUCUUAUACCUCUCACCAAUGCCCCAUCACUACCCCAGGGGCAAUCAGUAGUCAGAAAGAAAAAGAAGAAGCGUAAAAAGCAAGAAAACCAGGAACUACUAUUUGAGAACACUGUUGUUGAAGGAAAGUCUUUGCAAAAUUCAGCUUUGCCUAACCAAACUGGUAUCAAGCCAUUGGCACCUACAGGAUCACCAGUGCCCACUGCAGAGUCAAAGCUAGAUCAUCCUCAGCAAGGAAUGGAAUUAACACCAAUACCACCUCCCAUGCUAAACAAUCAGAAAAAGUAA